AGUGACAUUCAGGAAGUCCGCUUUUGGCACACGAGCUCACGGAGUGUAAUCUGUUGACAAUCUGCGCAAUCCACGCCUUAAGGUCCACUAAAUCGACUUCAUCCGAGAAAUGCUGAGGCCGUUGGUGAAGCAGCACGUGGACGAGGUCGUCGACGAGGCGUUUGGGCUGUUGGACACGUUGACAGCAGCGUAUGAGGACAUCGUUUCUCGUUUAGGAGAACAUGAGCUACACACAUCAGGAGAAAUGCUGAGGCCGUUGGUGAAGCAGCACGUGGACGAGGUCGUCGACGAGGCGUUUGGGCUGUUGGACACGUUGACAGCAGCGUAUGAGGACAUCGUUUCUCGUUUAGGAGAACAUGAGCUACACACAUCAGGAGAAAUGCUGAGGCCGUUGGUGAAGCAGCACGUGGACGAGGUCGUCGACGAGGCGUUUGGGCUGUUGGACACGUUGACAGCAGCGUAUGAGGACAUCGUUUCUCGUUUAGGAGAACAUGAGCUACACACAUCAGGAGAAAUGCUGAGGCCGUUGGUGAAGCAGCACGUGGACGAGGUCGUCGACGAGGCGUUUGGGCUGUUGGACACGUUGACAGCAGCGUAUGAGGACAUCGUUUCUCGUUUAGGAGAACAUGAGCUACACACAUCAGACGUCCAGCAGCAGUUGGUGAUGAAACAAGAGGUUCCCCCUGAACAGCAGGACUGGAGCUCCAGUCUGGACCAGGAAGACCCAGAACCUCCACACAUUAAAGAGGAGCAGGAGGACCAGGAGAACCCAGAGCCUCCACACAUUAAAGAGGAGCAGGAGGACCAGGAGAACCCAGAGCCCCCAAACAUUAAAGAGGAGCAGGAGGACCAGGAGAACCCAGAGCCUCCACACAUUAAAGAGGAACAGGAGGACCAGGAGAACCCAGAGCCUCCACACAUUAAAGAGGAACAGGAGGACCAGGAGAACCCAGAGCCUCCACACAUUAAAGAGGAACAGGAGGACCAGGAGGACCCAGAGCCUCCACACAUUAAAGAGGAGCAGGAGGACCCUGAGCCUCCACACAUUAAAGAGGAGCGGGAUGAACUCAGGAUCAGUCAGGAGGGAGAGCAGCUUCAAAAGCUGGAGGAGGCUGGAAUCAAGUUCUCAUUCACCCCUGUAAAGAGUCAAUAUGAUGAUGAGGAAGCUCAGCUCUCAAAGUCCAUAAGAACCGACAAAAGAGAGGCAGAACAUUUGAAAACAGAAGCAGACGGAGAGGAAGUCAGAUCCAGAUCAGAUGCAGAUAGUCCUUUACAACCAACUGCUGAUGAGACGUCACAAUCCUCUGAAUGUGAGACUGAUAACAGUGACGAUUGGAAGGAGACUCAGGAACCUCAGUCACGUUUAAACCCUUUGGAAAACAAUGAAGGCCCUGUAGGUGACAUGGACUGUGCUUUGGCCAAAAGAGACAUCCGAAGAGACACUCUGGAGCCACAACAGGAGUGA